AUGGCUCACAUCAACAAGUUGGCCAUCCGGGGCAUUCGCUCUUUCGAUGACAAGACUAUUGCUGUAAUCGAGUUCUUCUCCCCUGUCACCGUCAUUGUCGGCCACAAUGGUAGCGGCAAGACGACUAUCAUCGAGUGUCUCAAAUAUGCUACCACCGGAGACCAGCCUCCAAAUACGCGUGGAGGAGCGUUCGUCCACGACCCAAAGAUGGCGAACGAGAAGGAGGUGAAGGCGCAGGUGAAGCUUCGUUUCUUCUCGGCGAGUGGUCAGCGCAUGCUCGCCGUGCGCAACCUGUCCGUCACGGUGAAGAAAAACAAUGCCAUGACUAUGAAGACACUCGAGAGCAUUCUGGGUGUCUCGGACGACAGUGGCAGUGUGGGGAAACGAGGUGUUCUCUCUACAAAGUGCGCGGAGAUGGACAUUGCCAUACCUGAACACCUCGGUGUCUCCAAAGCCGUCCUUGAGAACGUCAUCUUCUGCCACCAAGAAGACUCAUAUUGGCCGUUGUCCGAGCCGGCUGCACUCAAGAAGAAGUUCGAUGAUAUCUUUGAGGCCACCAAGUACACUAAGGCUCUCGACAACAUCAAAUCGCUUCGGAAGGAUCGCAUGGCAGAACUCAAGACGGAGCAAGCACGCCUUGAGGGUCUGGCGGCCGAGAAGGCUCAUUCAGACCAGCUUAAAGCUCGCCUUGCGGACGCCAAUGCUGAGCUUGAGGGAUGUAUCGUGGAGCAUGACCGCCUGAAGGCAGAGUACGAUGAACAGGUUCGCUCGAACCAGCACUUGCAGGAGACCGGAAGCAAGUUCCGAGAAAUAUACCUGAAAGCCGAACAACUGGGGGAGAAGCAAGAGCGACUCGAGGAAGAACUCAACAGCAUAAGAGAGAGCCUGCACGAGAUUGAAGGUACCGAUGAGGAGUUGUCUGAGCGUAUUCGAACGCACGACGAUAACAUCCUAAAUCAGAAGCAAAGACGCACGAAACAGGAGAACCUCCUUGAUGACGCUCAGGAGCAAGUGAAGGCGGUUCGGACAGCCCAUGUCGAGCUCAUUGGUCGACAAGGCCACCUCGACGGUGAAGAGAAGGUACGCGAGGAACGGUCAAAUCAGCGUGACACUGUCGUGCGAGACGUAGCCACGAAGCAUCGUCUUCGAGGGUAUGACAGCGCGCCCUUUACGCCCGAACAGAUCUCGCGAUUCAUGGGCGAAUUCGGCGAUCUCAAGAGAAAGCAAUCAGCUGAAUCUGACAGGCUCCAGAUCGAAACCCAAUCAAGGAACGAGGAGUACAACCGAACGUCUAGGCAGAUGCACACUGAACUGGAAGGGUACAAACAAGAACGAAGGUCUAACCGCGACCAAGUGACGGCGCUCCAGAAGAAGAUCACGACGGCUGAAGACGAUGUCGACGCGACAAGGAAUGUCACAUCACGCUUGGCGCAGAUCAAAGCCGAUAUCGAGGACAAGCAAGCUCGCCUGGAUAAGGCACGGCAGGAACUGAGCUCCUCCAACUUCGACAAGAAGAUUAUGGAGAAGACCAACAUCCACGUGCAGCUCGAGAACCAGAGGGAGGCUUUGAACCUCGAACUUCGUACCCUCAGCCUGCAAGCCGACACCAGGGCGAAACUCGAUCUUCAACGGAACCAGAUGAGGUCCAAGACUGCGGAGAUACAGUCCACCAUCAACCACUGCAACACCAAGUUCCGCAAGAUCGUGGGUCAGAAAGAUCGUGAGCAAUCCGAGCUACAGGAGCAAUUCAGCACAGCGAGUUCAGCCCUUCAGGCGGCCCAUUCCAACUUGUCCACGCUGAAGUCCCAGGUCAAGGCGAAGCGCGACGAGCACAAGAGUCUCGAUAGGACUAUCAAGGAGGGUCUUGAGGCCGGAUUUACCACUGUAGAGUCUGCCGUAGAAGAUGCCGUGAAGGAAGUCGGUAUGCGAAACGAGGACCUCGGCAAGAACGCCGGGACACACGACGUCUACAAGCAGUUCCUUCAGACAGGAAAGGCGAAGAAGUGCUGUCCCUUGUGCACGCGCGGCUUUGAUGACAACGCCAUGCAAGUCUUCGAGAAGAACCUCCAUGAAGCUCUGAAGAAGUCGAGCCCGCAAGCCCUUGCCCAGGUGCGGAGCGAGUUGGAAGACUGGGAAGCCGAGGUGAAGAGACUGCAAGAGCUCGCCGUCCAGUCUGCGUCUCGGGCGAAUCUGCAGAACGUCGAAAUCCCCGGACUCGACAAACAGAUCGCAGCGGUCGAAGAGAGCAUUCCCGAGCUCACGACGAAAGCGGACGAAGCCUCAGCACAACUCAAAGACGUCGCACAAGAGCUGAAGGACAUCGUCACUCUCCGUCAGCACGCGGCUACCGUGUCGAGGGUGCGUAAGGAUAUCGAGGAUCUCAAGCAGGAGAUUGCGGGUCUCGAGAGCGACCUCAUGGCGAGUGGCUCAGCGAAGACCGCUGACGACGUGCAGCAAGAGCUGAACGACGUUACCUCUAAGCUCAAAGCCAACGACCGCGAGAAGACCCGGCUUACCGCCGAGCAAGACCGGCUGGUCACGCUACAGCACCAGACGGAGCGAGAGAUGCACCAGCUGCAGAUGCGGGAGAACGAGUGCAAGACACAGCUCCGCGACAAGGAGGACAGCGAACGGAAGAUCGUCGAGAUGCGUGCGGAUAUCGUUACGGCGGAGACCCGGACAAAGGAACUCGAUGGCAAGAUCGCCGAGGCGAGGGUCCCGAUCGACAAGCUGGAGAACGAGUACAAGGAGUUCCAGCGAGAGAUGCAAACGAGGAUCAGUCAGGCGCAGCGAACUUUGCAAGAUCUUACAGCGAGCUAUGACAAGCUGGAAGACAUGAACAAGUGGCUCGCCAAGAACACCAAGGAGAAGCUUGCACGUCUCUUGCAGGAUGUCAACGAAGCUAUUCAGGAGAAGGAGACGGAAGUACAAGACCUGGUAGUCCGAACGGAGAAGAUCCGCGCCAAGAUCGGUGACAUUGACCGCGAGAUCGCUGAGGCGGGACUGACGUUGGCGAACCUGCGCGAGAACCUGCGCUUCCGGCGGACGAAGCGCGAGUUGGAGGAGGCGAAGGCGGAGCUUGCGAAGAUCGACAUGGAGGAGGCGGCGAAGGCGAAGCGGAUAUGGACGGAAAAGUGGACGAAGGAGAAAGAGAAGGAGACGGAUUUGCAAACACGGCAUGCUCGCCUCAGUGGACAGAUCGAUCAGCUGAAGCAACAAGUGAGACUGCUCGAACAGGACCAGGCCAAAUUCAAGAAGGUCAACAAAAACUACCGCGACCAGCUGAUCAGAGUCAAGCUGUCUGACAUGGCGAACAACGAUCUCGAAAAGUACGCCAAGGCACUGGACAACGCGAUCAUGAAGUACCACUCGCUCAAGAUGGAAGAAGUCAAUGACACCAUGCGGCACCUAUGGAACAAGACGUACCAAGGGACCGACAUCGACGGCAUUAAGAUUUGUUCCGACAGCGAGGGCGGCGCGACCAAGCGUUCAUACAACUACCGCGUGGUCAUGACGAAGGACCAAGUGGAGAUGGACAUGCGUGGCCGAUGCUCCGCCGGGCAGAAGAUGCUUGCGUCGAUCAUCAUUCGCCUUGCGCUUGCGGACUCGUUCGGACAGAAUUGCGGCAUCCUCGCGUUGGACGAGCCCACGAACGCGCUCGAUACCGAGAACAUCGAUGCACUCGCUGCCAGUCUCGUGGACAUCAUCAACGAGCGCAAGUCGAAUGCGAACUUCCAGCUCAUCAUCAUCACGCACGACGAGAACUUCCUCGCCAAGCUCGGGCAGAACAACGUGAUGGAGUACUACUGGCGCGUCUCGCGCGACUCACGGCAAAAGUCAGUCAUAGAGCGCCAUCGGUUCGGGUAG